UUAAGCGCCCAAAAGAAAAGGCAAACUGCCAAUUGUGCCCUUAUAUUUCUCUCUCUACUGCACCCACGUCUCUUUACCACUUAUCUGCUCCCCCUUUCUUGCUCAACUUAACUCAUAAGCCCCCAAAAGCAGAUCCAAGGUGGUUGUUAAUCUGUCAAUUCAAUACCAUCAAUCUACUCAACUCAACUCAAAUCAAUCAAUCAAUCAUAUCAUAUCACACCCCACAUAAAGCUCCAAACAAACCAAACCAAAACAUGUCUCUCUCAUCCAGUUCCUCAACCUCUCCUACUGUAGCACAGCUUCUCCACCACUUCCCCCCUCCCCCUUCAUGCUCUGAUCAGCUCUACUAUGUUCACUGCACCCACUGUGACACUGUCCUCGCGGUGAGUGUUCCUUGCACCAGCAUGUUCAAGACGGUGACAGUCCGGUGUGGUCACUGCACUACUCUCCUGCCAAUGAACAUGGUGCUGCCACCAUCAGUGAACCAGUUUCAUUUUGGUCACAAUAACUUGUUUGCUCCUUCUAGUCAUACACUUCUGGAUGAUCAAGUUUCCAAUGGGAGUUCCAACUUUCUGGUCAAUCAGAACUACCCGAAUGAUUUUUCGCUUACUUCCCGGGGUGGAUUUAAGGAGCUUCCAAAGCCCCAAGUGACAAACAGACCUCCAGAGAAGAGACAAAGAGUCCCCUCUGCCUACAAUCGAUUCAUCAAGGAAGAGAUUCAAAGGAUCAAAGCUGGGAAUCCUGACAUUAGUCAUCGAGAAGCCUUCAGUGCUGCUGCUAAGAAUUGGGCCCACUUUCCACACAUUCACUUUGGUCUGAUGCCUGAUCAGAUGAGUGCUGUGAACAAGAGCAGCAUGCGUCAACAGGAUCACACAGAUGGUGGUUUCAUGAAAGAUGGUUUCUUUGCUUCUGCAAACGUGGGCGUCUCUCCUUACUAGUGACCCUAAUCCCUACUUAAUUAAUUAGCUUUAUCAGCACAUGAAGCUUAUCUACCUUGUACCUUCAAAUUUUAAUUUAGUACCUGUUUCCAAGAUCACACUCCUUUAUGCUUCAGAUAGAUUUCUCUCUCUCCAAUUGGUGUAAUGUAGAUGUUCUUUGGUGUAA